AUGGCUGAUGGUGAAAACGGGCAAAAUGGUGUUGAUCCCACGGGAGUGUUUAAUCCACGGCAGCAGUUGAAUCAGCCGAUUAAUCCCGUGCCGGUGGCUCACCAGCUUCAGCAGCAAAUUCAUGCCCCCGUUGUGACUACUCACCAGCAGCAGCAGCCGUUCAUUCCAAUUUCAACUGCUCAGCAACAGCAGUUCCCAAACUUCCCACCCCACCAACCGCAAGCCCAGGUUAGUACCGAGAUGUUCAUGCAGUUAAUGCAAAUGGUGCAACAGACGAUUGCCCAGAGCCAACAGUCACAAGCACAAAGUCAGUUGCAACAUCAACAGCUAAUGGCACAGCUUGUACAGAGGCAGCAGCAGGCCGAAGAACAGCAGCAACAGUUUCUUCGGAGUAUUUCAUCGUCGAUAAAAGUGCAAGUGCCACCCAACCCGGAACAGAUCCUUGACUCUUUGGCCAGCAAUAUCAAGGAAUUUCGGUAUGAGGCCGAAAGUAAUUCCACUUUCGCAGCUUGGUACUCGCGAUACGACGACCUUUUCGAGAAGGAUGCUGCAAGGCUGGACGACGAGGCAAAAGUUCGUCUGCUCAUGCGCAAACUGGGCUUAUCGGAGCAUGAAAGGUACGUGAGCUACAUUCUUCCUAAAUUCCCAAAGGAGUUUACUUUCAUGCAGACAGUGGACAAGCUGAAAAGCUUGUUCGGAGCUAAAGAAUCGGUGAUCAGCCGCCGAUACAGAUGUCUGCAAAUUGCGAAGAAUCCUACCGAGGAUCAUGUAGCGUUCGCCUGCAGAGUGAACAAAGCUUGCGUCGAGUUCGAACUGGGGAAGCUCACAGAAGAGCAGUUCAAGUGCUUGGUCUACGUGUGCGGCCUAAAAUCGGAGAAUGACGUCGAGAUCCGUACCCGACUCCUCACUAAAAUAGAGGACAACAAUGACGUCACCUUAGAACAGCUCUCCGAGGAGUGUCAGCGCCUUUUCAACCUCAAGCACGACAGCGCGAUGAUUGAAUCUCCAUCUCCGUACGGCCAAGUACAAGUGGUGAGGAAGUUUGGUGGUAACCGGUUCGCCAAGCAAGAAAGAGAGUCCCCAAAGCGUUCUUCCGGUGCCGCCGCCAAGAAGCCUAGUUAUCCGUGUUGGCUCUGCGGUGCAUUGCAUUAUAUUCGGGACUGCAGUUAUAAAAACCACAAAUGCUCCGAUUGCGGCCAAUUUGGACACCGCGAAGGAUACUGUGAUAGUGCUAAGUCCCGGAAACCAGGAAACAAACGCAGGAAACGGGUAAUAUCAACCAAGGUGGUUAUGGUCGACAUGUGCAGUGUGCAGCAGCGACGUAGAUUCGUCUCCGUUGGUCUUUUCGGAUCAAAAAUUCGGCUGCAACUCGAUACCGCUUCCGACAUCACUGUCAUCAGCAGGAAGAGUUGGCAGAAAAUAGGGAGUCCUGCCCUAUCGCCGGCAACAGUAAAAGCCAAGACUGCUUCCGGAAAUGUCUUGUUGCUCGAUGGGGAAUUCGAGUGCAACGUUACCAUCGGAGAAAUUACGCGACGUGAACGAAUACGUGUUACUGCGAACCAGUUGCAUCUACUCGUGACCGGAUCUUCGUUGCCUACCGCUGCUCUCAAGUCGACUUUCCCCAACGUGUUCAGCGAGCAACUCGGCUUGUGCAGCAAAACGAAAGUGAAGUUAGAGCUGAAAGAAAACAUUCGACCCGUUUUCGUCCCGAAACGUCCGGUUGCAUACGCUAUGUACGACGCCGUAGAUCUUGAGCUCGACCGCUUAGAGAAGCUAAAUAUCAUCACCCCGGUCGAAUAUUCAGAGUGGGCCGCUCCAAUCGUUGUCGUCCGUAAAGCCAAUGGUUCCAUUCGAAUUUGCGGAGACUAUUCCACAGGGUUGAAUGCAGCGCUUCAGCCAAACCAGUAUCCGCUUCCCCUUCCGGAUGAUAUUUUCGCCAAGCUGGCUAAUUGUAAGGUUUUCAGCCAGAUUGAUUUGUCGGAUGCCUUCUUGCAAGUGGAGGUUGAUGAGCAGCACCGUAGGUUGCUCACGAUCAACACGCAUCGGGGUCUCUAUUCCUACAAUCGUCUGCCUCUCGGUGUGAAGAUCGCGCCUGGGGCGUUUCAACAAGUCAUCGACACGAUGCUAGCCGGCUUAGAGUGCACUUCCGGCUAUUUGGAUGAUGUCAUAAUCGGCGGAAGAACGGAGGAAGAACACGAUCGCAAUCUACGGGCUGCUCUGAAGCGAAUUCAAGAUUUCGGCUUCACAAUUCGUUCUGAAAAGUGCACAUUUCGCAAGCAACAAGUGAAGUACGUAGGCCUCGUCAUCGAUGCUCGCGGGUUACGUCCAGAUCCAGCUAAGAUCGAGGCAAUUAUGAAGCUGCCACCUCCCACAAAUGUGUCUGAAACGCGUUCGUUUUUGGGGGCCAUCAACUAUUAUGGCAAGUUCGUCCCCAAUAUGCGCAAGCUACGGUAUCCGCUCGACAAUCUCCUCAAAGCUGAAGCGAAAUUCCAAUGGACUGCAGAGUGCCAAACAGCGUUUGAGCAAUUCAAGCGAAUUCUUUCCUCGGAUCUACUCCUUACUCAUUACGAUCCUAAGCGGGAGAUCAUAGUGUCCGCCGACGCUUCUUCUGUCGGGCUCGGAGCAACGAUCAGUCACAAGUUCCCCGACGGCACCGUCAAGGUCGUCCAGCAUGCGUCUAGAGCACUCACGAAAGCCGAGCAAGGGUAUAGUCAGCCGGAUCGAGAAGGUUUGGCCAUCGUCUUCGCUGUAACGAAGUUUCACAAGAUGCUUUUCGGGCGGCACUUCCGACUGCAAACCGACCAUCAGCCUCUGCUACGAAUUUUCGGUUCCAAGAAGGGAAUACCAGUGUAUACUGCCAAUCGCCUCCAACGCUUCGCUUUGAACUUGCUUCUCUACGACUUCGACAUCGAGUAUGUGCCAACUCAUAAGUUUGGAAAUGCAGACCUGCUCUCGCGAUUGAUUAACCAACAUGUCAAGCCCGACGAGGAUUACGUCAUCGCGAGCCUCAACUUGGAAGAGGACCUUAGAGCCGUCGCGCAAAGCACCCAAGCAGACCCUCUGCUCCGAACAGUCUACCACCACGUUCAACACGACAGGAAUCGCUCUCCGUGGUAG